AUGUUCACUAGUCAAAUAAUUGAUAUUCGACCAGGUCAAAUGUUACAUUCAGUUUUAAUUCAGCCUAUGAAAUUAAAUCGAUAUACAAAAUUUGAUAUUAUUCGACCUCCCUAUGGAAAAAGUGGUCCGUGUAGGCACGUGUUUCUACGGAUAGACACGGUCAAGCGUGGAACGGCCAGAUGUCCGG